GUUCGUUGGGUAUUCAACAUGGCGGCGGCAUUGGCCGCGGUGGCGGCGGCGCAAGAGAGCUGAGGGCAGCGCGAGGGCGCGGAGUUCCAGGCCGAGCAGGUAGGCCGCGAACGAUUACGAGGCUGAAUAGAUGAGUAACCGGAAGCCCAGAGAGGAGUUGUUGCCUGCCCAAGGGCACUUUUAGCAGAUCCAGCAUCAAACCAGGCCCCUGGUUGGAGCCCAAGUCCCCAGCGCCAUGUUUGGGAAGAAGAAGAAGCGAGUGGAGAUCUCCGCGCCAUCCAACUUUGAGCACCGUGUGCACACGGGCUUCGACCAGCACGAGCAGAAGUUCACAGGGCUGCCCCGCCAGUGGCAGAGCCUGAUCGAGGAGUCGGCGCGCCGGCCCAAGCCUCUCGUCGACCCUGCCUGCAUCACCUCCAUCCAGCCUGGGGCCCCCAAGACCAUCGUGCGGGGCAGCAAAGGCGCCAAGGAUGGGGCCCUCACGCUGCUGCUCGACGAGUUUGAGAACAUGUCGGUGACACGCUCCAACUCCCUACGGAGAGACAGCCCGCCACCCCUUGCCCGUACCCGCCAGGAAAACGGGACACCAGAGGAACAGGCUGCCAUGGCCAGAGGGGGCCCGGAGAAGGCAGGCAGCCGAGGCCGGCUCACCAGUCACAGCGAGGCGGGUGGCAGCAGUGGCGACAGGCGGCGGGUGGGGCCAGAGAAGAGGCCCAAGUCUUCCAGGGAGGGCCCAGGGGGUCCCCAGGAGCCCUCUCGGGACAAACGCCCCCUCUCUGGGCCUGAUGUCAGCCGGGCGAAAAUGACAGCUGGCCGGCCCUUUAACACGUACCCGUGGGCCGACACAGACCACACGUCCCGUGGUGCCCAGGGGGAGCCUCAUGGCAGGGCCCCCAAUGGGCCAUCUGCGGGGGGCCUGGCUGCCCCUCAGUCCUCCUCCUCCCGGCCCCCAACCCAAGUCCGCGGUGCCCCCAGCCCUGGAGUGCUGGGCCCCCAUGCAUCUGAGCCCCAGCUGGCCCCUCUGGCCCGCACCCCAGCUGUCCCUGCUGCCCCCACUGUCCCCACCGCCCCUGGGCCUCCUGGCCCCCGCUCUCCCCAGCGGGAGCCCCAGCGUGUGUCCCACGAGCAGUUCCGGGCUGCCCUGCAGCUGGUGGUGGACCCAGGUGACCCUCGCUCCUACUUGGACAACUUCAUCAAGAUCGGCGAGGGCUCCACGGGCAUCGUGUGCAUCGCCACUGUGCGCAGCUCGGGCAAGCUGGUGGCCGUCAAGAAGAUGGACCUGCGCAAGCAGCAGAGGCGAGAGCUGCUCUUCAACGAGGUGGUGAUCAUGCGGGAUUACCAGCACGAGAACGUGGUGGAGAUGUACAACAGCUACCUGGUGGGAGACGAGCUCUGGGUGGUGAUGGAGUUCCUGGAGGGGGGCGCCCUCACUGACAUCGUCACCCACACCAGGAUGAAUGAGGAGCAGAUUGCUGCCGUCUGCCUGGCCGUGCUGCAGGCCCUGUCCGUGCUCCACGCCCAGGGCGUCAUCCACCGGGAUAUCAAGAGUGACUCUAUCCUGCUGACCCACGAUGGCCGGGUAAAGCUGUCAGACUUCGGGUUCUGCGCCCAGGUGAGCAAGGAGGUACCACGGAGGAAGUCGCUGGUGGGCACGCCCUACUGGAUGGCCCCGGAGCUCAUCUCCCGCCUUCCCUACGGGCCAGAGGUGGACAUCUGGUCUCUGGGUGUGAUGGUGAUCGAAAUGGUGGACGGGGAGCCCCCCUACUUCAAUGAGCCACCCCUCAAAGCCAUGAAGAUGAUUCGGGACAAUCUGCCGCCCCGGCUGAAGAACCUGCACAAGGUGUCCCCAUCCCUGAAGGGCUUUCUGGACCGGCUGCUGGUGCGUGACCCUGCGCAGCGGGCCACAGCGGCUGAGCUGCUGAAGCACCCGUUCCUGGCCAAGGCCGGGCCGCCCGCCAGCAUUGUGCCCCUCAUGCGCCAGAACCGUACCACAUGAGGCCCAGCACCCUGCCCUGAACCAAAGAGGCCAUUGGGCCACCCUGCCCUACUGGAGGCUAGUAGGGGGCUGGCCCCCACUCCUUCCAGCCUGGGAAACACUCCAUGUGGCAUCAUCUUCCUCGCAGGGUGCAGGACCCUACUACUGAACCCCGGUUUCGGCUUUUAAAGAAAACACAGGGACUUGUGGGGAGCAAGUGAGGCUCCCGGAACCCCUCCCUCAGUCUGGGGUGGGUCCUUACCUGUGUUCCCGUCUCCUGGAUGGACGGAUAUCCUCCCAUCACUGGAAAUCUGCAGCAGGGUUGCGGGGGGUGGAGAGAACACUACAAAAUGGGUGUGUGUAUGUGUGUGUGUGUGUGUGUGCGCGCGCGCGUGCGUGUGUGUG